GCUCCUCAAAUGAUUUCAAGGCCCAGGACAAGCAGGGGGAAAAAAUGCGCAAAACAAAACGUUGGUUGAAAAGGACACGGACAAACAAAGCGCAACGCAGGGGAUUUCAGAUGGUGUAGAAUGUACGUAGAGAGGCUCGCUUUAAAUUUGAAAAAUAAAAACUGAAAAAGCGAACAAAGACGUCAAAAAUCAACAUCACACAAUCCGAGAGAGACUCCGUUUGAAUAUGAUUUAACCAAGCCAAAUCCCCCUUCCGCCUUCUGGAACCCAAAGUGAACUGACUUUGCUCUCCCAAUCCCCCAAUUUCCUGCCCUGAUUACUCCCUCAACUCUGUCUUGAUAUUGUUGGUGGCGAGCGGUGGAAAUGAACGUUGGGGGCGAUGAUGGUGACGAAGAUGAACAAGAAAUUGACGACGACAACGACGACGAUGCCCUACCAUCCUGACCUCCACAAGAAUCGCUGUCGUAGCCAAAGCCGUCCAUGUCGUCAGAGCCGCACGGGCACUGCCGUCGUGGCCGUGGCGGCACUCCUCCUCUCCACAGCAGCCUGGCUCUCUCUUGUCUUCUCCGGGACCACCACCCACUGCUGGCAGCGUUUCAAGCAUUGGGAAGGCAGCCCCCAUUCUCUACCCUGGACCGGGAGGAAUCGUCGUCGUUCCGAUCUGCUUUCGUCAUCGGCGUCCUCCUCGCCUCCGCCUUUUCCCACUCACAGUGGCAGCCUUCCGGCGGAGUUGUCGCUGGAGCACAUCGUGUUUGGCAUUGCCGGAUCCUCGCAGCUCUGGAAACGGCGCAAGGAAUUCGUGAAGCUUUGGUGGCGUCCCGAUGACAUGCGCGGCCAUGUCUGGUUGGAGGAGCCAGUGCCUCGCGAGGAUGGCGAUGAUUCCUUACCGGCUGUCAUGGUUUCCGAGGACAUCUCCCGCUUCCGCUACACCAAUCCCACCGGUCACCCUUCUGGACUCCGUAUCUCUCGCAUUAUCACUGAGUGCUUCCGACUGGGUCAACCGGAUGUACGCUGGUUCGUUCUGGGUGACGAUGACACCAUCUUCAAUGCCGAUAAUCUGGUGGCUGUUCUCCGAAAUUACGAUCCGUCCGAGAUGAUUUACAUUGGGAGCCCCUCCGAGAGCCAUUCUGCCAAUACCUAUUUCAGCCACUCCAUGGCUUUUGGCGGUGGUGGGAUCGCUAUUAGUCGCCCACUGGCCGAGGCACUCUCCAAGAUUCAGGAUGACUGCCUCGACAGGUAUCCCAAGCUCUACGGAAGUGAUGAUCGCCUCCAUGCCUGCAUUUCCGAACUUGGCGUUCCAUUAACCAGGGAACAUGGCUUCCACCAGUGGGAUAUUAGGGGUGACGCACACGGUCUUCUGUCCUCUCACCCCAUUGCCCCCUUUGUUUCAAUUCACCAUGUCGAUGCUGUUGAUCCUUUUUAUCCGGGCUUGAGCUCUCUGGAGAGCUUGAAACUCUUUACGAAGGCCAUGAGACUCGACCCCAGGAGCUUCUUGCAGCGAUCAAUAUGUUAUGACCGAGCACGACACCUCACUUUUUCAGUCUCACUUGGUUAUGUUGUUCAGGUUUUCCCAAACGUCGUGCUUCCCCGUGAGCUGGAACGCUCAGAGGUCACCUACUCUGCUUGGAACAGAAUACGUCACAGGAGUGAAUUCGACUUCGACACCAGGGAUCCUUACACAUCUGUUUGUAAAAAACCUAUCCUUUUUUUCUUGAAAGACGUAGCCGGACAAGGAAAUGCUACAUUGGGUUCAUAUGCGCGGGCCAGAGGAAGAGAAGAUUUGAAAAGAAAAGUUCUCUGCUUCCCACGUUCUCCUCCUCUGCGCUAUGUGAAACAUAUUGAGGUCUUGGGUUUUCCACUCAGCAAGAAUUGGCAAUUGGCGCCACGUCGGUUAUGUUGCAACCUAAACCAAACGAGUGAAGAAGGUCUUAGAUUAACAGUUGGUCAGUGCGGGAAGGCAGCUUUCAGUUCUGUCACUGAUUUUGUCUGACUAUUGGCUGGGAGAGGGUAUUUCGGUCGACUAUUCUAUUUAUUGGGAUAUAUGAAUACCACCUAAAAGGAGUGUCUCCACCAUCGUGUGCUUUAUACUGUUGGGGCACAUUAACUCUACGUCUCUACUCCUGCCUUUCAACGAUCAUGGGCCAACUGAGAUCCGGCAUUUGAAAAUCCGUCUUGCAGAGUGUGCACGCUUCAGCUCGGGUAUUACAUUGAUUGCCUUCGUUUUUGUUCAGAAGGUAUUUUAAUCACAAACUAAGAUCUAAAAUUUGGAAAUUACUGAUGAUGUGAGAACAAAUAGUAGUUAUACGAUGUGAAUCCUAAAUUAGUGAUGACUUUCUUGA